CAGUGUGUCUAUUUUGUGGAGCACUAAAACCUGAGCAGGGGAUUUACCACAGACGUUAGCCAGCAGUAUGGUGUUUUAGCAACCAGAUAUAUACCAGGAAUCGAACUGUCAUUCUAUACACCACAUCAUGGGUUCUGAGCAAAGCAAAGAUAAGAUGCAUUGCACCAGAUAUUUAAAUGGAAAUGGACCUCCUUCUCUGACUGAGCAAGUUGAAAAAGCGACCAAUGGAACUAUUGGACACAAAAUAAACUCUAAAAUAGUAAUUGGAAACCAACCAGAUGACGGGAAGAUGUCAAUAAUGCAUGCGAGAAGGAAUGUGGAGGGAUAUCCUGACUGUGACACCAUACAGAUGAACUUUGAGUUUGAUGACGGAAUACAGACGGAGAUGCAUCCUAAUCCAGGGCAGAAAUACUACGGGCUUAAAACAGUCGCCUUUGUGCCUCAGAACCAUGAGGGAAGGAAGGUGUACCGCAUGCUAGAAGCAGCAUUCAAACACAAGCUGCUGUUUACAGUGGCAACAACUAGUACCGGAGAAGAACGAGUUAACUAUUCUGACAUUCCUUUAAAAACCAAAGAAAGUGGAGGACAUGACAGCUUUAGCUAUCCUGACCCAAAGUAUCUGAAAACGGUGACGAAGAUUCUAAAAUUGAAAGGGAUCCAAUGAGAUCCAAAGUUGGAAGAUGAACAAUAAUCCAGCACAAUGUAUGGACUAUAAGGACUUUGGACAGGACUCGAGACCUUUCUAAUUGAAUAAUUAAUUUGUAUCAUAUGCAGGCAUACACAGCCAGUCAAUAGCCAUUAGAAAUGUGUAUUAUACUAUUGCUAUUUAUAUAAAUAUUAAAAUGAAACAGAAUAAAUUAAAUAAGGAAAACAAGGUAUAUGUUGAAUUUAUUACCUGGUUGCUUUUAGUCCUUAAUGAAACUUUAAACUGCUUUGUUAUUUUCAGGUGCACUUGGAAGGUAAACUCAUUAAAUCUGUAGACAAAUCUUAUCUACACUGAUACCAGUAACUGUCUGUCAAAUGGACUGUCAAAUAGAUUAGAUAAAGAUUUGUUUAAAAGCAAACAAACUUCUUAAUUUAUUAAAUUAUUGGUUAGAGUUUCAAAUUUCAAACAUUAAAAAUAUGGUCAAAAAAAAAAAAAAAAGAGUGCUCUUCUAACUAGCAGUGUACAUGGAAAGCGUUUAAAGAAUUUGUUGUCUUUGCUACAAAUAGAGUUUUUAUUGUAUUUGUUAAGCAGUAUGGAAUGUUGUUGAACAACUGUCUAUUUAACAGAAAAAAGAAGUAAGUAGAGGAAUGCAAAUAGAUUAUCCUAGAAAAAAAAAUUCUAGCAAGUUAUUUAGACAAUUUUUUUUAUCUAACUUCCUCUAGAUCAUUAUCUAAUAAUACUAAAUUUGGCAAUAUUUCAUUUGUAUAAUGUAAAUAAAACUGUUUCAUCAAAUUAAGGACUCUAAUUAUACAAUAUCAUUGACCCAUUUACCUUAUAAUUUAAAUGGAGAGGUGUUAAUUACAAAUGAAGGUCAUUGUCACACCUCAGACCCAUGGGACACAUUUGAUUCAUCAGGCAAGAAGAAAGAUUGAGAGUGUGAAUUAAAACUCCUAAUUAUAAGUAAAAGUGUCAACAUUAAAUGUUCUACAGCUAUUGAUUUUAGUUUGCCAGUGUAGAUUCAACACAAAUAUAUUCUUUUUUAAAGCUGAAGGAUAGACUACAGGUAGCCUAUAUUUUUUUCUGCUUGUCUGCUUUCCGUCCGGCAGAUUGCAGAGUCUGAACUUUUUCAGGAUGAUGGAGGCCCUUUUGUUCUCUUCAAACUGAAUUAUGGCCUGGGCUUCACACAGACAAUAAAGUCUAAUCAGAUUGGCGGGACCCAUUAAAGAGGCCUCUGUCAUCUCCACAGGCGUUCUUAAACCACUUUCUCCUGCAUGCUCCACCAGGAGUCAUCUGUCCCAACUGUCAGCCGCUACCGCUGCUGUGACAGCUAUCAAAUCUGGCCAGGCUACAUCACCUCAUCCUGAUCAUCCUCCACCACCCUACACCCCUCAGUCCUGCCAUUACUCCUUCUGCUACUGAAGAGAAACACUAGCCAGCCUAAAAUUUGUCACAAUAUGAAUUACAUAGUUUUCCACAAAGCCAUAGUAUCAAUACCAUGCCUUGUAAUUUAUACUACUUAUCUUGCUUUAUAUAGCUUCUCAACCAUCUAAUAACUGCAACAGAAAACACAAACAGUUCUUUUCUGAAGUCGGUAAACUGUGAGCUGAAAUCAACCCCAGCUACAGCAACCAAAAUUUCGAAAAGAAAUGAUUUUCAAUUUCUCCCUGUCAUACUUUUACUAUUGGAAGGUUUAGCAGUCUUCAGCGUCCUACUUAGUAGUGAUAAAUAGGCUUCGGGCUUGAUUUCAUUAGUCUCUUUAAUUUGGAGCACAAUUAAACUUUUAGAAGACAAAGCAGAAUCCGAACCUGUUAAUUAGAAGUGUGGAAUCACACAUGCAGAUGAUGGAUGCAGCUUCCACGGCUCCACUUACAGGACAAAGUUGCACUGGAGAAACCUUUGCUCUUUUGUUGUAAGCCUUUUGCACCAUCUCAUGGCAUGUUUAAUCCAAUUCAGUUCCAUUCGACUUUAAUUUUUUAAUUAUGCCAGGGUAGCAUAAGAAAUAAAUUCCGGCUCAGUGUUGACUUUGAGGAAUACACCAUAAACAUUGAAUUUCAAAAGUGUUCUAGUUUUCUGACUGUAGAUGUGUUUCUUACAGAUUUUUUUUUUUUACCUGCUAGACUAGUUUCUUACAGCACAGAUAAACAUCAUUUAUACUGUAGAUCAGUGUGAAAUAAACUAAAAAUGAAAUUUAAACUUGACAAUGUGUUAAUGCACAGCUACCUCUAGGUUCAAGAAAAAAGCUUGCCAAAGCCCAGGCAUUUACAAAAUGUUCUCAUUAAAUCAAGGUGUUGUAACCGCUCCGCUUCAGCACUGACGUUAAGCACUACUUUUUGUGUGUGUGAGUGUCUGUCUGUAAUGUGAUUCUGUGAACCAUCAAAUGCAAGCAGGUUUGUUGUGACAGAGGUUGCACAUUCCAUUUGUGUCAUGCAGUGUCCUUUUUACAGGCCCUAUAAACCUUGCUGACAGGGAAGUAGAGUGACAAUACACAUUGUGUUAACCUGAACCGUAUCCGUACAAAGAACAGCAGUUCGGCACAAAGGUGAGGGGAGUCAAUCUUACAAAGGAAAUGGUUUAUGAAGUGAUAAAUCUUCCACGAGCAACCGAUCAGCCACUUUUUAGCCACUUUUCCUUUAGUACUGAUGGGAAUAUGCUUUACCUUCAGGUUAUCAGCAAGUCGAAAUAGGAAAAAGGAAAUGUAUGGAGAACACAUGUAAUGCUAAGUCUUAUUCUCAGGAGGGGUUGAUCUUUAUCGUGGAUGUGUUAAUGCAACAGUUUAGAGAACAAAUAGUUUAGGUUCAUGUUUAAGGUAAAAAGAUAUAAAGCUUAUUGUAAGACUAACAUAAUGCAUUUUUUUGGUUGAAGGACCUGUAAGUGGAUCCAGAUUUACAGCAAAGAAAUUCAUGUUUUGAAAUUAGACACCUUCCUUAUUAGUUUCAGCAGAGUUUUGCAUAAUUCAUGAUAGUAACUGAAUAAUAUGAUUUAAGAUAAAUGACUGAAUAAUAAGCCAAAAUCAAAUCUGCAGGUAUUAAUAUAAAUCAUAAAAUGGUUAGAAAUAAAGAGA